CGUGCGUGCCGUGCCGUCUCCGCGUGCGUUGUGCGUCCUCUCGUCGUCCGUGCCGCGUGUGUUCGCGUGCGCGUGCGCUCCGGACGAGUCGAGACGCGUGCCGGCGCCCCGCCUGUCCGCGUCGCGAGUGCCGAGUGGGUUUUGUUUUUUGGCGGGAAAACGACCUCACCCGCCGCGACGCCGCCGCAACCAGUGUACGCGUGCCGGGCCUUCCCUGUCAGUGUUCAGUGCUUUCGGGAGUCACUGACCAGUGGCACGGACUCAAGCCCAAGGAUUACUUGAUUGCUUGCUCAGUGAAGGGCUCUCGGCCUGUCAAGUGUGUUAGUGAGUGAGAGUGUGUGUGUGGCCAGACGGAUCGCAUCUUCGUGUUUUCUUUGUGACUGACCGUGUUGGUCCACGCCGCCCCGCGCGUGUCUGCCCGGCCGUCUGUCCGGUCGGCCGGCCGGUCGCCAGCUCGGUCUGCCCGGGCCGCCACGCCGCGCUACGCCCCAGAGGAUGUGAUGCAUGCCUCCAGGGGCGUGGGCUCGGCCCAGCCUGCCCUGCCCGGCCCGUGCAGCUGCAACCCGUAGGCGUGUGGGCGAACCGACGACGGAGCCUUCCGCUGUGGACGCCGCCAUGGAGUUUGUCGUGCUCAAGGUGAACGGGCGGGACGUGUCCCCGCACGAGGCGGCCCGGGCGCUGCGCGCCUCGGACGACCCCCUGGUGGUGACGCUGAAGCGCAUGAAGCUGGCGGGCACGCCGCCGCCGGCCGCGGCCUCGUCGCCGCCCUCGCCGUCCGGGACGACGUCCGGGACGACGGCCACCCCGACGACGCCCUCCGCCACGGUGGCGGCCUACGCCACCGCCUCCGUGGAGGUGCAGACCGACGACCUGUGGUCCGACUGGGCCGCCGAGGACGCCGACGGCGCGCCGGAGCGCAGCCUCCACGACAUCCUGGAGCAGGACAUCGACCUGGAGGAGGUGACGCUGGUGCGCAGCGAGGUGGAGGAGACCCUGGGCAUCACGCUGUCCUGCUCCUGCAGCUCGGGCUCGGACGACCUGGACACCGAGGUGUACAUCGCGGCCGUGGAGCCCAGCAGCCUGGCGGGCCGCGACGGCCGUCUGCAGCGCGGCGACCAGAUCCUGCAGGUGAACGGCGAGGACGUGACCACCAGGGAGCUGGCCGAGCACAUGUUCAACAGUCCAGCCAACUCCAUCACCCUCCUCGUCAGCCGAUAUUUCUCGGAGGACGAGCCCGACGACGAGGAGCUCGAGUCCUGUCCGCGACCCUCGUGCGGGAAGCCCAUCAAGCCCAGAACGCCCACCCACGCCAAGCAGUUCCACUCGGGCAGGGACACUCCAGACGACGGCUCGACGGACAGGCGUUCGGACGGGUCCAGCGACCGGCGCUCGGACGGCUCGACAGACAGGCGGUCGGACACGUCGACGGACAGACGCUCGGACUGCUCGGACACCACCGCCACCACGGCCUACAUCAACGUGCAGCCGGCCGCCGCGCCCGGCGUGGUCGCCAAGGCCCCGGCCAACGGGCCGCCCUCGGGCACGCCGACGUCCGCCUCGGUCAGGAGAAAAGAGUCGUCCAAGCGGCCGGCCGGCGACGACAGCAACAAUGCCCCCGCGCCGCCCGGCUCCGCGGUGGCCUCCAGGAGGUCGCAGCGGACGCUGCCGCCGACAGGUGCCGCCAACGGCGGUCCCCCGGGGUCGCGGUCCACGACGCGGUCCUUGCCAGGCUCCCUCCCCGGCGUGGCCGCGCACCCGCUGCGCGCGCCCAGCAGCGAGCACAUCUACGAGACCAUCCCCGAGUCGGACUCCGAGCACAUCUACUGCGAGCCCUACGAGCCCACCGCGGAGUACACCAACGUGGUCAACGGGCAGCCCCCACGGCCCCUGCUCACGCUGCAGCUGAGAAACGGCCGCGAGGACAGGGCGACGCUGAGGCUGGGUCCCACGGCCGCGUCGCAGGCCUCGCCGUCCGGGAGGCAGUCGGGCGGCUCCUCCUCCGGGCCGUGCUCCACCAUGUACACCAACGCCGCCAACCUGCAGCACACCAUCGAGGUGCAGCAGGAGCUGUUCCGCCAGAGCCUCCGGCAGACGACGCCGACGUCCAGCAGCCGGCCGCCGCUGCCGCUACCCUCGCCGUCGUCGGCGAGCAGGCACCGGGGCUUGACGUUCCCGCAGCCUCCAGUGUGCCCGUUCCCGCCGCCGCCGCCGCCCGUCCCCGCCGCGCCCGCGCCCAGCGACGCCAAGAUGGAGUGGAAGGUGAAGCGGCGCGCCGACGGGUCGCGGUACAUCACCAGGAGGCCCGUCAGGACCAGGGUGAUCCGGGAGGCGCUGCGGGACCGCGCCGCCCAGCUCCGCGACGAGCGCGCUGGCUUCUCCACCGAGGACGACACCGCGUCCGAGCUCAAGAUGGGGCGGUACUGGACCAAGGCGGAGCGCAAGCAGCACGUGCGCCGGAGAAGGCAGCAGCAGGUGACGCUGGACGCGCUGGAGCAGCCCAAGCAGAGCCUGCACGUCGAGGAGGACGGCGCGCGUCGCCAGGGCGCCGCGGCGGACCCCCAGCACGCCCAGCAGCCCGGCCACAAGAAGACGGCGAGGAAGAAGAGCAACCUGAGCAACGUCGACGACUUCAAGACAGUGCAGGAGCUGCUGGCCCAGGGCAGCCGGGCCACAGUCAACGCCAAGAUGCUGGGGCUCUUGUCCGUAACGACAGUGUGAUAAUUGUGUUCUAGCUGACCUCUACCGGUCUCUUAGCGGUCCAUGUCAUUUAAUUUCUCGGAUAGAUUCAGGGCUGUCCCAUGUUCCAUUUUUUGUUUUUGUGUAAGACUAAGUUUCAUUACCUCUGUAUCGUAACAUUCCUCCUUUCCAAGUCAUGAUGUAUGUUCAGUUUGUCCAUCGUUUGCAAAGCGGUCUUCUGUUUUGAACUUUGGUCUUGAUUUGUGAAAUUUAAUUUCCUAGAGGAAUAAGAUUAUUGUGAUUCAAAAAGUCAACUAAGUAUGUACUUGAUUAUGUUUCAGCCUUAUGAUAUAUUAUUGUAAGAGAGGGAAGGUGUUCUGUUUUAGUGAUGAAGUUAUUUUGUACAAUUUUUGAUGGGGUAAUGUCCUGCGUAGUAUGUAGUUGUGCCAGAAAGUGCUCUAUGUCAUUAGAAAUGUAAUUUAAAUUACUCUUUGUUUGGUGAAAAAUGUUACCACGUUCAUUACAUGGAAAAGAAUAAACCUCGAUCAGAUAAA